AUGUUUAAGUCGUUGGAGAUCUUAAAUUCUCGGCUCAAAGAGACGUUUGAGCCGCCGAGAGCCGAGUUCAGAGCACGCUUUGCACUCUUGAGACUAAAGCCAGGUAAGCUCGACGUGCACGCUUACGCACAGCACCUGCGCUACCUUGCGAGCAGCGUUACGGAAAACCCUGCUGAUGAGCACAUGCUCAUCAACGUGUUCAUCUACGGCCUUGUGGUCCGCCGGUGA